AUGGAUGACAGCUUAUACGACGAGUUCGGUAACUACAUCGGACCCGAAAUCGAGUCAGACCAAGACUCCGACAGGGAGGAAGACGACGACCGCGACGAACCCGAAGAAUCCGACAGAGCCGCCGAAUCCGACGGCGAAGGUCCUUCAAACGGAUGGCUGACGACCGGUGCCUCCACUGACGUGGACAUGCUCGAAAAUCAAGUAGUCUUAGCUGAGGACAAAAAGUAUUACCCAACCGCCGAAGAAGUUUACGGCGAAGAUGUCGAAACCCUAGUUAUGGACGAAGAUGAUCAGGCUCUAGAACAACCAAUUAUUAAGCCAGUUAAGAACAAGAAAUUCGAAGUAGGUGUUAAGGAUUCUUCAACUUACGUUUCGUCGCAGUUUAUGCUAGGGUUAAUGUCGAACCCUUCUUUGGCGAGGAAUGUGGCGUUGGUGGGUCAUUUGCAGCAUGGGAAGACGGUUUUCAUGGAUAUGCUUGUGGAGCAGACUCAUCAUAUGUCAACUUUUGAUUCUCAGAGUGAGAAGCAUGUGAGGUAUACGGAUACUAGGGUUGAUGAACAGGAGAGGAAGAUAUCUAUUAAAGCUGUUCCUAUGUCGCUUGUGUUGGAAGAUAGUAAUUCAAAGUCUUAUUUGUGUAAUAUUAUGGAUGCGCCUGGACAUGUUAACUUUUCGGAUGAAAUGACUGCUGCAUUGAGGCUUGCUGAUGGUGCUGUUUUGGUUGUUGAUGCUGGCGAAGGUGUCAUGGUAAACACAGAGAGGGCAAUACGUCAUGCAAUUCAGGAGCGAUUGCCUAUUGUUGUUGUAAUGAAUAAGGUUGACAGGCUCAUAACUGAACUUAAACUACCUCCGAAAGAUGCUUACCAUAAAUUGAGGCAUACUUUGGAAGUCAUUAAUAACCACAUAUCUGCUGCUUCCUCAGUUGCUGGUGAUGUCCAAGUUAUAGAUCCAGUUGCAGGAAAUGUUUGUUUUGCAAGUGGCACUGCUGGAUGGUCAUUUACAUUGCAAUCAUUUGCUAAACUGUAUGGGAAGCUACAUGGAGUUCCCUUGGAAGCUAAUAAAUUUGCUUCCCGCCUUUGGGGUGACUACUAUUAUCAUCCCGAUACCAGAACAUUCAAAAAGAAACCCCCUGUGGGUGGUGGAGAACGAUCUUUUGUUGAGUUUGUGUUGGAGCCACUUUACAAGAUAUAUAGCCAAGUGAUUGGGGAACAUAAAAAGAGUGUGGAGACAACCCUUGCCGAACUUGGUGUUACCCUUAGUAAUGCUGCCUAUAGAUUGAAUGUUAGACCUUUACUAAGGCUGGCUUGUAGCUCUGUUUUUGGUUCAGCUUCAGGUUUCACUGAUAUGCUUGUUCAGCACAUACCUUCACCAAGAGAUGCUGCAGUUAGGAAAGUUGAUCAUAUAUAUACUGGGCCUAAAGACUCAUCCAUUUACAAAGCCAUGACACAAUGUGAUUCUUCUGGCCCACUAAUGGUUAAUAUAACAAAGUUGUAUCCAAAAUCUGAUUGUAGUGUGUUUGAUGCUUUUGGUAGAGUUUAUAGCGGCAAGAUACAGACAGGGCAGGCCGUCCGUGUUCUCGGAGAGGGAUACUCACCAGAUGAUGAGGAGGACAUGACUGUAAAAGAAGUAACGAAGUUGUGGGUUUAUCAAGCUCGCGACAGGAUGCCAAUAGCUGAGGCUCUUCCAGGUUCUUGGGUUUUAAUUGAAGGUGUGGAUGCUUCAAUAAUGAAAACCGCAACUCUUUGUAAUGUGGAUUUUGACGAGGAUGUAUACAUAUUCAGGCCCCUUCUGUUCAAUACCCUGUCAGUGGUAAAAACAGCCACUGAGCCAUUAAAUCCAAGCGAGUUGCCAAAAAUGGUGGAGGGUCUAAGGAAAAUUAGCAAGAGUUAUCCUUUAGCAGUUACUAAAGUUGAGGAGUCUGGGGAACACACUAUAUUAGGGACUGGUGAGCUGUACUUAGAUUCAAUUAUGAAGGACCUGAGAGAGCUAUAUUCUGAAGUAGAAGUCAAGGUAGCAGAUCCUGUUGUCUCAUUUUGUGAAACAGUUGUUGAGUCUUCAUCAAUGAAAUGUUUUGCUGAAACACCAAACAAGAAGAAUAAAAUAACAAUGAUCGCUGAGCCUCUAGAAAGAGGUUUGGCAGAAGACAUAGAGAACGGUGUUGUUAGCACUGACUGGAACAGAAAGAAACUAGGUGAAUUUUUCCAGACUAAAUAUGACUGGGAUCUUCUUGCUGCUCGGUCAAUCUGGGCAUUUGGCCCUGAUAAGCAGGGCCCUAAUAUUCUUUUAGAUGAUACCCUUCCUACUGAAGUUGACAAGAACCUCCUCAAUGCUGUAAAGGAUUCCAUUGUUCAGGGAUUUCAGUGGGGUGCACGGGAAGGACCUUUGUGUGAUGAACCCAUUAGAAAUGUUAAAUUUAAGAUUGUUGAUGCAAGGAUUGCCCCUGAACCACUUCAUCGUGGAUCUGGCCAGAUCAUUCCAACAGCACGGCGAGUGGCUUAUUCGGCUUUCCUUAUGGCCACCCCCCGCCUUAUGGAACCAGUAUAUUAUGUAGAGAUUCAAACACCGAUAGAUUGUGUGUCUGCUAUCUACACCGUUUUGUCUCGUAGGCGUGGACAUGUUACCGCUGAUGUUCCUCAACCAGGCACCCCGGCUUAUCUUGUUAAGGCAUUUUUGCCCGUGAUAGAAUCCUUUGGUUUUGAGACAGACUUGAGAUACCAUACGCAAGGGCAAGCGUUUUGUCAAUCAGUUUUUGAUCACUGGGCUAUUGUUCCUGGAGAUCCUCUGGACAAAAGCAUUGUUUUGCGCCCACUUGAACCAGCACCAAUCCAGCAUCUUGCCCGCGAGUUUAUGGUAAAAACAAGGCGCAGGAAGGGAAUGAGUGAAGAUGUAAGUAUAGGUAAGUUCUUUGAUGAGGCUAUGAUGGUGGAACUUGCACAGCAGGCGGCAGAUCUUCAUCAACAAAUGAUAUGA